UUCUCUCUCUACAAUCGCUCUCUCUCUCUCUCUAAGGUCUCUAUGGCUUCAAUGAAGAAAGCCUCAGAGGUUGCAGCCCUGUUGGAUCUGAAGCCUCACCCUGAGGGUGGCUACUACUCCGAGACUUUUCGAGACUCCUCGAUUACUCUCUCCAAAUCUCAACUGCCUGCUCAAUACAAGGUAGAUCGGCCUGUAAGCACAUCCAUUUACUUCUUGCUUCCAUCGGGAUGCGUCUCUCGCCUACAUCGCAUCCCAUGCGCUGAAACCUGGCAUUUUUACUCGGGAGAACCCCUCACGGUUUUUGAGCUCCACGACGAUGGUCACAUUGAACUAACGGCCCUCGGCAUGGAUUUUGAUGCUGGGCAGCGGCCUCAGUACACUGUUCCUCCAAACGUAUGGUUCGGCUCCUUCCCUACUUUGGAUAUCACAUCGUUUUCCACCGAUGGCAGUGUUCUUACCAGAGCCCCCAAAAGGGAAGCCGAGCUCCACUACUCUUUGGUUGGUUGUACUUGUGCACCAGCAUUUCAAUUUGAGGACUUUGAAUUAGCCACAUUUGAUGAGAUCAUAGGUCUUGCUCCCAAGGCUGAGCCUUUUCUCAAAUACUUGACCCAGAGCGGAUGAAACCGGUGCUAUCUUGUUUACUCACUUUUGCAAUACUUUCAUUGAGAUUACGAGGCGUUGGUUGUUUUGUUAUCGUGUCCUCUUCAGGGUUUUGUGGGGUACAAAUGUUCGGAACAAGUGCUGCUGAGCUUAAGUUUCCUUUGUGAUGUAUACAAGUUGAGAUUAAAAAGUUUGUAGUUCCCUGUUUUCUCCA